UUAUUUACUUGGUUUUUACUAUUUUUUUUGUUUCAAGAAUUAAAUAAUUUAUUUUAGUAAAUUUAUAAUAUAUUAGUAUAUAUAUUUUUCAAGUUUUCAAGCCCAUUAAUUUGAAGUGUGACAAUUAAUAUUCUAAUAAUAAAACAAUACUGUCAAUUAAACAUUUAUAACUUAUAUAAUUUGACAAGCUACCCCCAGAUACAAUGCCAGUAACAACCAUAGCAGAUGAGGGAAUUGGAAGGCUUUCACAUUUCAGUCUAGCUCACUUCCUCGAUGUAACUCUAUUAGUUUAAGUGUUUUCUUCAAAGAGCACAGACCCAAUAAUGGUGGCCACUACCCCCAGAUAGUGGCUGGGAGUGAUGGAGUUGACUGCUUCAGAGUUUGUACUCCUCCUGCUGGCUUCUGUUGUGUCUUACUAUCCCCUGCAGUUAGACCAGUCUGUACAUCCUAAGGACUUAGCUGACUGCUACUUCUGUGACGGCAUCAUAUAUGACUUCAUAAUAGUCGGAGCAGGUUCAGCAGGAUGUGUAGUUGCAAACCGUUUAACGGAAAAUCCAAACUGGAAUGUUUUGCUCAUAGAGGCAGGUGGAGACGAAAAUUUUGUAACAGAUGUUCCACUAUUCUACCAGCAAUUAUCACAGACCCGUUUCAAUUGGAAUUAUACAACAAUUAACCAACCAAAGGCUUGUCUUAGUACUGGAGGGGUAUGUGACUAUCCAAGAGGAAAAGGAAUGGGAGGAUCAAGCACCACAAAUGCUAUGAUGUAUGUAAGAGGUAAUAGAGCUGAUUUUGAUGAGUGGGAAAAAGAAGGGAACCCAGGAUGGGGAUACAAAAGUGUUUUACCUUAUUUCCUUCGAUCAGAAAAUGUAACUGCACCUGACCUCAAAGGAUCACCCUUCCACAGCAAUGAAGGUCCACUGUCUGUAGGCUAUGCUAGGUACAAAUCAAGGUUCAGGGAUGACUUGAUAAAUGCAGGAAAAGACUUUGGAUUGGCUGAAAGAGAUUACAAUGGAAUAAAUCAGAAUGGAAUUGGUGUGACACAGCUUACUGUAGAUGGACCUAAUCGUUGUAGUACAUCCAAAGCUUUCCUUAAUCCAAUAAAACAUAGAAGAAAUUUGUAUAUCUUCAAAAACUCUCAUGCAACAAAGGUUUUAAUUAACAGGUUUACCAAAAAAGCUCUAGGAGUAGAGUUUGUUCAUAAAAGGAGACGUCGUCGUGCUUUUGCAGUAAAAGAAGUAAUUUUAUCUGCUGGUGCCAUAAAUACGCCUCAGCUAUUAAUGCUUUCAGGAGUUGGUCCCAGGAGGCAUCUAGAAAAACAUAAUAUUUCUGUUAUAGCAGACCUUCCGGUUGGAAAAAAUCUUCAAGAUCACAAUCUAUUGGGAAUACAAUUUCUAGUCAAUGAACAAGUAAAUAUCAUCAAUUCUACAUUUUUAAAUUCUUCUGCAAUUUUAGAAUAUGCAAAAAAUAAAUCAGGAAUACUUACAACAAAUGGUAUAGAUGCAUUAGCAUUUUUCAACUUGAAGAAAAAUGAUUUCUUACCACCAGAAAUUCAGUUUCACUUAACUACCCUAACUCCAAAUCGAGAUAAUCUCCCCAUAGUAGUCAUUGGAUUGACACUACUAGAUCCAAAAAGUAGAGGUUUUGUUAAACUAAACUCACCUGACCCUUUUGAUAAACCUUUAAUUCAUCCAAAUUAUUAUGGAAGAAAAAGCGACUUUGAAAGGACUGCAGCUGGAGUUAAAGAAGCUAUUAAUUUUAUGAGUACUGAUGCUCUAAAAAGAUAUGAUCCAAGAUUAGUGACUAGAACUGUUCCCACAUGUGCUCCUCUAAUCAAUAUUAGUUUAGACACUUACCUAAAUUGUUACAUACAAUACCACACAAGAACAAUUUACCAUCCAAUAGGGACGGCAAAAAUGGGUCCCAAAUCUGACAAAUCAGCAGUAGUUGACCCUGAAUUACAAGUCUAUGGAAUAUCACAUUUACGAGUGAUUGAUGCAUCUAUAAUGCCUAAAAUAACACGUGGAAAUACAAAUGCUCCAGUAAUCAUGAUUGGAGAAAAGGGAGCUGAUUUAAUAAAAAAGAAAUAUGGAACUAGUAUUUUGUCUCUGCUAUUAUCUUGGGCACGGAAAUAAAAUUGAUUUUUCAAAAUGUUCAAGAGGAAAUUUAUUGGCAAUCAUUCCUGUAUAAAACAAAAUGAUAAUGGCAGCAAUUUGUACAAAAUAAAACUGUUUUUAAAUAUAAUAACAUAAUUUUGAUGAGAGUUAUAUAAGCUAAACACCCAUAUUUAACUAAAAAUAUACAUCAAUCUUUUUUUUAAAUAAAUCAAUUUUAUUAAAACUAGAAAUUAAAAAAAUAAAUUCAAUUAAAAAGUUUCUCAAUUAUCAGUUCAUUUCAAUAUAAAUGAAAAAUAAAAUAUCUACCAUAUAUGCCAUGGCAGAAUGAUAAAAAUGUCAUACAUAGGAAAUAUUAUUUAGGUAGAUUGAAAUUUUCCCUAAGAUAAAUAACAAUUUUUAAAAUCAAAUAUAAAUAUAUAUAUUUUUUUUUUUUUUGGUCUUCUCCAUCUCUCCAUCCGCACCUGUCACGUUGUGACAAUUAGCAAAUAAUAAUACUAAUUCAAAUUAGAACUUAGGGAAUGUCAUAUGGAAAAUCACAAAUUACAUUUAUUUUACUUUAAAAUAGCUUUUUUUUUUUUUUUUUUACUAGCCAGUUUUAUUACCUAUCACAAUGUUUUCACUUCAUACUAUUUCAGUCCAUGGUUUUCAACCAUGCAAGUUCUUUCCAUUUAUAAUUUAAAAGAGAUGUUAGCUUAAUCACUAAAUCGCAAGAGAUCUACUUAGUGAAAUGAAAUGGAAAAUACUUUAAUCAUCCUGGGAUUGUUGCCCCUUUAAAACUAAUUAUAAAUGAAGAGCAAAUGAGACAUACCGGUGUGGCCAUACAUUAAAUUAAAUAUUUACAAAAGAUUGCUUAAAGAGGAGAGAUUUGAAAGAGGAAACUGAAUUUCAUGUCGAAUAUCAGGAGGAAUAGAGUGCCACAGGGAGAUGGCUUGAAUAACAAAGGAUUUGUCAAACACAGCAAUUUGAUGAGAAGGAUAGAGAUUGGACGAAAGGAAUAUAGUCUGACAGAAUUGAAUAGAGAAUUUAAAUUGUAGGCUCUGAAAAACAUAGAAAGGUCACUGAGUUCUAGUAGCCUGGUAUAGAAAGGUAGCAAGGAAGAUGGAGGUAGGAUGGACAGAGCCACUUCAACUCGGAAUAAUACGUAUAUCUCCUGAGAUCCCGAAAACAAAAUGUAUUGAACAAUUCAUUAGGCAUUUAAGUUUGGCUUCAAGUUCACUUGAGAGUCCACCAUACACCAUACAGGUAUAGUCAAAGUGGGAGAAAACAAGAAACCAGGAACUGACAGGUUUUGAAUAGAAGGAGAUAGCAUAGAUAGAUGAACUGUUUCAGGAUAGAAAUGGUAUGACGACAAAUUUGAGAGAUGUGUGGUUUCCAGGAGAGGGUUUGAUCAAAAGAAACAACAAGAUUUUUAAGGGUAGUAUGGAAUGAGAGAUGAGUUGUUCAGAAGAAGAUUAGGAUGUAUAGAAAUGAAUUUUAGGAGUGAGAAGGCUUUGGCCUUGUUGGUGUUUAGAGUGAGCCCAUUGAAGUUUGUCCAAGCACAUAUUCUGUUCAUAUUUUCUUGGAGUUUUAGGAUGGCUCCAGAGGAAUCAGCCAGAUUGAAAGAAAGAUAAUUUUUUAUGUCAUCGGCAUACAGGUGGUAUUGACAGUGCAUGAUAGAAGAUGGGAGAUAGGGAGGAACCUCGAGGAAUGCCUUUGGAGAAGAGUAUAGACUCUGAAAGUGGAUUAUUAGGGACUGCAACAUACUGGGAUCGACGAAUGGGAAGAAAAGAUUGGAACCAAUUAAGGACACUAGAAGAAAAGGAGAAAUUUUUAAUUUUGGUUAGGAGGAUAUUGUGGUCUACUGAGUUGAAGGCUUUGGAGAAUAAGGAUAAUGGGUUUCUGUUGGUCUAUAGCAGUAUGGAGAUCUUGGAAGAUUUUAAUGAGAGCGGAAUGAGCAGAGUAUUCAUGCCUAAAACUGGACAGGAGGCAAUUCAAAAUGUUAUUUUGAAGGCUAUAGUGGGAUAAUGGGGAUUAAACUAAUCGUUCUGAUGGUUUGAAAAGAUUAAAUAACAGAGAAAUCAUAAGGGGUUGCAUGGUUGGAGGCUUUAUUCAUUUAUUCAUACUGGUGACAAUGUGAAAAAAAGUUUCAGCUAAAGUAAUAGUAUAGUGAUAGACUAAUCCAUGAUGACCAAACUAAUUAAUAACUCCUCAUUCUAAAAUAACCUGUUCAGAAAUGAAAAGUGUGUUGAUUUUUUAAUAUGAUUAGGUAGGGAAACAAUCAGUUUUUAUUUCUGGAAUAAUAUUUUCUCCAAGGUCAGCCCCGCAAUUACCUCCACUUUAAUCCUUAUAGUUAAUAAUAUUAUCGCUCCCUAUCAAAGAUAGGAGAGCUUCGUAUCCAUGCAGGAAAUAGAAAAAAAAGUUUGUGCAUAAAAUGAAAAAAACUUCUUAAGUGCCUCUCCCAAAAUGGCGGCUGAUCCAAGAACACAUCCAUUACUGGCACCCAGUUCUUUUUUAUUUAUAUUUUCUUUCUUUUUCUCUUACCUUAUUCUUUUGUUUAUAUAUACGCGACAUGGUUAUCUUGCAUGUUACCUACUUAUUUUAGCAAGAUUCAUUCACUUAGCUAUUACCGAAAUAAAUUUCAACUCGCCAAGCAUGAUUCAAAUCCGCACCGAUUGACUCAAAAUAUCCUUUAACUCUCUUGGUAGUGGGUAAGGAAAUCCGCACUCGAUCAACCAUCUUUCUGUCAAUCCAGUAAAGUGAGGAGAGAUGACUUGGUAUUUACGGGCUCGGCAGGUUUUUAUGAAAAAUUUGAAGUCGUUGAUGUGAAUCCCGAAAGUACGUUCGGGGUUCAUUCGAUGAAACUAUGCAUGAUUUAAUACUAAAAUUUAAAAAAAAAAAACACUAACUUGCACUAAUGGAUUGGAGAAGGGUCACGGACCAGUGCCUACGGCUAUGCUAGUUAACUAAUAAAAUUUAAUUAUGUAAUUAUGCUAGUUAGCAAAUACCCAAAUUUGCAAGGCAAGCAAAUCAACGUGAGACAGCGUUUUCAGACGCCGCUUAAUGUGGGCGUCGGUUUCUGUAGUAACUUGAAGCGAAUGACUGAGAGCCAAUUUUCAAUUUUCGCCAUAAAGCUACUUCGGAUAUAAAGCUCGCGAAUGGGACCAUAUACGCACACCACAUGCUGAUCGUCCCCUGUGUGGGUGUGUUUCAGUCUGCUUAAUCCAAUCAUCUCUACUUAAAAAUCCUAAUGGUAUAAGAUUUAUCCUGAAAUGACAAUGAUGGACGGUUUUACAACAUGCGGUGCCGCAACAAUGGUACUUAUUUUUACAAGUCACAUUGCUUUUAGUACGAUUACUCAGGUAAUGUAUAAAUACCAACCAUCGUAAAAAAGAAGUUUAGAAUCCACAAUGAAAUAAACAGAAGUUUCAAAUAUGAGGCACUGUAAAAAGUUUCUGGGUAUCUAUUAUAUGGACUGAUAACAGAAAUGUCAUUUAAUGUCUGCAUCAGUAAAAAUGAAUAAACAUACUGAUCUACGAACACUUCCUGCAAUAUGGCAUUUAGCCAUAUGCUUACCCAGAUCAUAUUGUUGAUGGGAUUCCAAGUAAAGUGGAUAAUACAAAAGUCUGUUUGUUGGAGUUUAUAUAGCGGCGUUUUCCAACAAAUAAACAGAAAACACAUCUUGUUUCAUAGACAAUCUAAAUACUAUAUAUAAUAUCCUAUCCCCUAUUUUAAUGUAUAAUUUUUAUUUUAUAAACUCAUAAAUAUUCUUAUCGGUAGUUAUUGUGUCAAUCAUUACCGUCGUCAGGAGCUAUAAUAAUUCAUUUCCAUCGAAGUACUUCGAAAUUCGGCGUUUAAUGUAACAUAAACUUUAUGUUUAAAUGGAUUGUGUGGAGAUCGGUCGUCAUCAUCUACAUUCUUAUGUACUUGGCUACACUCAAUAUUUUUCGGAAUUGCAUUAACAGAAUGCUCAUGUGAUUUUACAUCUCCUAGUUAAAUUGUAAUUGUUUCGCUUGCUGUAGGGGAUUAUUGUGCAGCCGUACUUAACGUUUCACUGUUGUAAACACCCAUAUCUCCAAGUAGACUAGGUGGGGUGGAAAAUAAAAUAAAAAAGUAUAAAUGGAAGACCGCUAUAAGCUUGAACAUGGAAUCUAAAGAAAGAAGAAGGAUAAAAUAUUUCAGCUUUUUAAUAGUACCGUGUAUAUUACUUCACACUAAUAACUCAGUUCUAUUUAUAAAAAUUUAGUAAUUUGGCCCAUAAUAAAAGUGUGGUCUACAGUCACGCUCGCGUUUUUAAUAAGAAUUAGAUGAAAGUCUACAUAUAUUGUAUCUUUUAAUUAUUUCCUUUUUAUUAUAUGGAAAAAAUCUGGUUAGAUAAAUAUCUGCAUCAAUGCUGUGCCUUUCACUAUUCCAAUAAAGUUUACUGUGACGCUAGAGUCUUCUCAUGAAGAUGUGUUUUUUUUUUAACUUCCAUCUGUUUUUUUAAUCUAUUUAUUAUUGUUUUUUUUAAAGAUUCGAAUCUUGAGUUUAAAAUCGAAAAGAUUCAAUCUAACGAAAACGAUCUUUUAAUCAAUAAAUUAUAUAUCUUUUCACCCUUCUUAGCCUAUUCAGAAAUACAGGUGUUUGCAGCUGUGAAACAUUAUGCUUGAUCUCAUAAUUCCUAAGCAAAACAAUUACAAGUUUUCGUAAGACUCACGUUCAUGCAAACUGUCUAAUGCAGGAACCUAUUGUGCCUCUUCAUAAUUUAUUAUGAAUUAGAUUAACUUAUAUACAUUUUAUUCUAUAUAUGAGUUAAUCUAAUUUAUAAUAAACUCUGAAAUAUGAUCUACCAGAAUUAAAUGUCUCCUCUCCUGUUAUAACCUCUGAGAUAUAAAGCAGAAUAUUAAGUCCGGGAAGCUCAGUGUUUUUAUAACCCAUGUCACAGCGAAGAUUUUUCCGUAUUGAAGCAUUCCUCCAAUUUUAAUUCCACUCUCUAUACCUUGCCUUCAGAAUACUAUAUGUUUAAUAUAGACACUUUUCUUCCAAUUUAUAUAUAUAAUGAAAACAGUUGAUAACCAUUACCAUACAAUACAACCUAUCCCCUAGAGUAGUAAUUUUGAAAUAUAUAUCAAACAUGGCGAUUCGAACAGGAAAACUUUAUAUAUUUUUAAAUAACUUAAUUAAAAAUAAAAAACUUUAAAAAUUACUUGUCGUCCACUUGCCAAAUCUGAACCUACUGAUAUAUGGCACAAGUACUGCUGGAGAACUAGUCCGGGAGUGGGCUACAUGGUGCUUUUUGCCAAUCCCUUAAAGCUAUCUUGAGGUUGCCACUGCGCACUUACCAGAGUGGGAAUGCUAAGAUUCAUUUCUCAGGUCCGCCCCAAUUCAUUUUAAUUAUCUAACCGACCCAGGGGGAAUCGAAUCCUCUACGUACAGAACUGGACACUCUGGGACCUACGCUAUAACGUGCUCGGCCAUCUCGUUCUCUAGCUCGAAAGUUACUUUGUGAAAUGUAUUUAUUGUGCUCGGCACAUUUGAAUUACAGUAUGAAUAUCUCAUUUUUUUACCAUCGGUAAAUUAAUUAACUAGUUAUGAAUUGAAAUAAUACAACAAUCCACCAUAACUUUAAUUGGAUAGAAUUUAAAUAUGAUUAGACAAAAUAUAAUUAGGCAUCUGAUCGAUUAAUUUGAUGUAUCAAGAUCACAAGACUGAUCGUAGUUUUAGGAUAAUAAUUUUAAUUAACUUGUUACAAGUCCAUAAUAUGAUAAGUGCCUACUAAUUUAUUGGUAAAAAAAAAUGUUUGUAAUAUAUACAAUAAAAAAAUUGAGAAAGUUAGUGAAUAGUUAAGAUCAUCUAGAUAAGAAACAGGAAUAAUACAUAAUGUAACACUAAUUUUAAUAGUGACUAAUAAAAGAUUGUUCGUUUAAAAU